AGGCGGGGGCAGGAGGGAGGAGGAGAAAGGCGGCCGGGGAGGCCCCUGUCGAGGGAAGACUCUCCAACUCUUGACUUUUUCCCCCCCGGCUCUCUCGUACCCAGCAGGCUUGUGUCUUGAUCACCCAUAUCCUGAACUCCUCCCCAGGCUUCCAUCGCAGCCAUGUCACUGCUCCUGUUGGUCGUCUCAGCACUUCACAUCCUCAUUCUCAUCUUGCUUUUCGUGGCCACUUUGGACAAGUCCUGGUGGACGCUGCCCGGGAAGGAAUCUCUGAAUCUUUGGUACGAUUGCACUUGGAAUAACGACACCAGAACAUGGGCCUGCAGUAACGUCAGUGAGAAUGGCUGGCUGAAGGCUGUGCAGGUUCUCAUGGUGCUUUCUCUCAUCCUCUGCUGUCUGUCAUUCAUCCUCUUCAUGUUCCAACUCUACACCAUGAGACGAGGAGGGCUCUUCUAUGCCACCGGCCUCUGCCAGCUUUGUACAAGCGUAACAGUGUUUUCCGGGGCCCUGAUCUAUGCCAUUCAUGCCGAUGAGAUCCUGGCCAAGCACCCACGCGGGGGCAGCUUCGGGUACUGCUUCGCCCUGGCCUGGGUGGCCUUCCCCCUAGCCCUGGUCAGCGGCAUAGUGUACAUCCACCUGAGGAAACGGGAAUGAGCGGCCUGGUCUUGCAGUCCCGUCCAUCGCCCAUCCGGACACCCCAUUCCUGUCGCCCCUCCCCCCCAAUCCUCCUCCAGAAAAUAAAAGCGUUUUAACCACA